GAAAGUGUGCGUAUUUGGGACGUGCGCACCGGCAAAUGUUUGAAGACUCUUCCAGCGCACUCUGAUCCUGUAUCAGCAGUUCAUUUCAAUCGGGACGGGUCCUUAAUUGUAAGUUCCAGCUAUGACGGGCUAUGUCGUAUUUGGGAUACAGCAAGUGGUCAGUGUCUGAAAACUUUGAUUGAUGAUGAUAAUCCACCGGUGAGCUUUGUCAAAUUUUCGCCAAAUGGAAAGUAUAUUCUGGCAGCCACUUUGGAUAAUACUUUNGGCAAAUGCUUGAAGACAUAUACAGGACACAAAAACGAAAAGUAUUGCAUAUUUGCAAAUUUCUCAGUAACUGGUGGCAAGUGGAUUGUAUCUGGUAGUGAAGACAAUAUGGUCUAUAUCUGGAACUUACAGAGCAAAGAAGUCGUUCAAAAGCUUCAGGGUCAUACGGAUACUGUUUUGUGCACAGCUUGUCACCCUACGGAGAACAUCAUUGCUUCGGCGGCGUUAGAAAAUGACAAGACUAUCAAAUUGUGGAAAAGUGACACAUAAACGCACGCGAAUCAUAAAAUUCGAUUGCGUGCGAAUACAAAUAUAGUUCUAUUAAUUAAACUAGUUUAAGAAAUCAACCUCAGACGUUUACUAUGUUUUGUAAUAACAAAACCCUCAUACAUAAACAUUUCAUUUCCGAUAUCUGUACGAAAUUAAACUUCAUUCAAAUAAAGUUCUAAAACUGAUAUCUUACUACGUUUAAGCGUAGGUCAGCAGACUUGAAAGCAAGACUUGACGUGUCUAAAAGGGGACUUAUACGUAAGCU